GGACAGACACCUGCAUCUGUCACAGACCGAGAGAGAAGGAAUACUAGGCACAACCAAGUUCAUGCAUAGGAGGGGAAGCGGCAGCUAGAGAGAGAGAGAGAGAGAGUGUAAAAGGUGCGCAAUACUCCUCAGGUGCAGCGAGAGAGCGGGGUUGAGCCCCAGACUACAGCCUCUAGCCAUGCAGGAAAGUCACUUUCUUAUGUCGGUCCUGCAGCCGUACACUGACAUCACCUCGCUGGCUCUCCCCACCGACUCCCAAAUGGACCGCCGGAUGCGCGAAGAGAGCGUGACGCUGCGCAAUGCGCGGGUACAGGAGCAGGUCCGGGCCAAGAUGACGCAGAAGACCCCUCGUGGGACCGGCAGCAACAGCAGCAACAACUUCUCCGUCUCCAGCUAUGGAGACGUCUUCUUGCCCAGAACACAAUAUGGAUCUGCGUCAGCAUCUUACAGUUCCCGCUCACAGGUUCUUAACAGCGAACCAAGGAUGUCUGCUGUUCGUACUUCAGGAUAUUCAUCGGUGGGAGGAAUGCGUCCAGGCUACUCAUCUCGUUCUGCUGUGGAUGUUGGGGGCAACCAGAGGAUCAGUGUAGCUUCUCAGCCACGUGGUUAUACCACUUCCCGCCCAACUUCCUACCAUGAAAAGAUGUACCCAGCCCGGGGAGAUUAUGAUUCAAUGUCUCUACGCUCCCUGCGAAUUGGAGAUGGAGAAGAACGCUACAAUCAGGGAUCAGCCUCUCAGUCAUCCUUUUAUGGCCGUCAGAUGUCUACUUCCAGCGCUGGACCAAUGCUCCAGAGAUCUCUGUCAGGCAACAUUGGGCAAGAUGGUGGAGGCAGUUCUUGGGUGGAAAGGGCAGAGGUGGCACAAACUAGAACUAUCCGUGCCCCUGCAAUGCGCACCCUCCAACGCUUCCAGACUACCAACCGCAACCGAGUGGGUUCUGCUCCCUAUGGCACUAUCAAUACAGGCUCCCAACAGCAAAUGCAGCAAAUGCAGCAAAUUCAGCAGAUGCAACAGUUGCAGCAAUCAUCAGGUGGCAUUGGCUCCACCUAUGUAACAAACAUGAUGGAACAUAAUUCUAGGGCACCUUCAGUACGGAGCCUUGCUGAGUCUGGUAACCAAGUGCAGGAAAUUCGAGGCAUCGAUAUGUUUGAUGGCCACAAAAGCCUGAUGAGCCAGCACUCUUUCACCAGUGGGUUUGAUGAUAUGGACAUGCCAAUGGCAGUGAAGUAUUUAAUGGCUUCCGAUGCAAACCUGCAGGUUCUGGGUGCUGCGUAUAUACAGCAUCGAUGCUACAGUGACGGCGAGGCCAAAAAGCAGGCACGCAGCCUGCAGGCCAUCCCCAAGCUGGUGAAGCUGUUGAACUGCGAUAACCAAGAAGUCCAGCGCCAUGCCACAGGCGCCAUGCGUAACCUCAUCUAUGACAACCCUGAGAACAAGAUGGCUCUGGUGGAGGAGAAUGGCAUUUAUGAACUGAUGACUGCAUUGGAAGAGCCCGAUGAUGAACUCAGAAAGAAUGUUACAGGUAUCUUGUGGAACCUGUCAUCAAGUGAUAACCUGAAAGCAAGGCUGGCAAGGGACACCUUAAACCAACUCACACAGAGGGUACUUUCUCCUCUCUCUGGAACUGCCGGCUCUGCCGUUAUCCAGCAGAAUGUUUCGGAAGCAGAAAUAUUUUACAACGCUACUGGUUACCUCAGGAACUUGAGCUCAGCAAGCCCUGAGACGCGUCAGAAAAUGCGCGAGUGCCCAGGUCUGCUGGAUUCCCUGGUCUCCUACACAAACAAUGCUUUGCAGUCUGGAAAGUCUGAAGACAAGAGUGUGGAGAAUGUAGUGUGCGUGCUGAGGAAUCUGUCUUACCGUCUGUACGAUGAGAUGCCACCGUCCAGCUUGCAGAGGUUGGAGGGCGGUCAGAGAGGACGUACCACAGCGGGUGAUAUGGUGGGAUGCUUCACUCCCCAGAGCCGCAAACUUAAAGAGCAACAGCAGCAGCAGGGUGCAGACAUAGCCACCUUCACAGAGAUCUCAAGGGAUCCCAAAGGAAUGGAGUUACUAUGGCACCCGCAGAUAGUCAAUCUUUACAACCGGCUGCUGCAGCACUGUGAACUGAACAAAUACACCACAGAGGCAGCGGCAGGAGCCCUGCAGAACAUCACCGCUGGAGACCGCAGGUGGGCAUCCGUUCUGAGUCAGGUGGCACUGGACCAGGAGCGUAUUUUGAACCCAGUUCUGGAUCGAUUGCGGACAGCAGAUCACAACCAACUGCGCUCUCUCACCGGCUUGAUCCGCAACUUGUCCAGACACGCCAAGAACAAGGAUGAAAUGUCCACCAAGCUAGUGAGCCAUCUUCUGGAGAAACUCCCAGCAGAUUCAGGAGAGAAAUGUCCGCCAGCAGAAGUGCUUGUGAAUAUCAUUGCUAUCCUCAACAACCUGACUGUGGCUGGGCCCCUCGCAGCCCGAGAUAUUGCCUACUUUAAUGGGCUCAGCAAGUUGAUGUAUAUCAAGAAGAUGAAAGACAGCCCUGACAGUGAUAAAGCCUCUCGGGCAGCCUGCAGCCUCCUCACCAACAUGUGGCAGUACAGCAAGUUGCAUCGGGAAUACAAGGCGAAAGGAUAUCGCAAGGACGACUUUCUCAAUCCAUGAUGUGUUACCCUGCGGAUGGAUCAGUUAUACCUCUCCUCUACUAAGAACACCAGGCCAACAUUAACUAGGGGUCAAUGAUCUUCCGAAACGCCACCACACUUCCCAUUGUUCCAAGUGGCCGAGCAGAGGGGGAGGUCUUUGUAGAUAAAUUGAUAGUUUGUUUUUAAAUUUUAUAUAGGUGAAUGUGCAUUUGUGGGCCGCGUGCAUUCAGAGUGCACUAACACACACACUCAUUUAACACUUUUCUAUAAGUACAAUUUGCCUUAUUGGGAUAUGCAGAUCUCUGCUCCUUCACUUCCUGUGCUGGUGGGGUGCGUAGCCAAAGCCUUCCUUUCCUGUUUCCUAAGGGCCACCGGCAACGUUUGCUUUAGAUAAGGGUGGAAGAUAGCCGAUAACUGGGUUUUUACAUUGAUCCUCAAGGACCUUUUUUGUAACACUUUGACUGCAAAUAACAAGCAAGCCCUUUCACUUUGUCUUGUAUUGAAAUGAAAUAUGAUUGAAUUUGGAUACUUUUUAUCUCAGGGGAGUAUUUAAGUGGGUGCGCUUGCUUCUUGACCUCACGCACAAGUGCCUUCUUCCUUCUAGUGCAAUUCUUGUAAUAUUGAGGGCAGCGGCUCCGUCAAUAAAAUAUACAAUUUGACAAAAAAAAAA